CACUGAUUAUUUUGAUUCUGAAUAGACUGAUAGGUUAUGUCAUACAAUUUUCUUUCAAAACAUCAGUUCAGUCGAAAGUAUCAGCCACAAUUUCAAUAAGUAAUACGAUAUUAAUUGACAAUGUUGUCCUCUUCGAUUCGGUUGGCCGGUUUGCGUAGAUUACGGUUCGUCCGUUAUCAGUCAACAUCUAUUGAGACAAAAAAUACCGAUGAAAAAACAGAGAUUCGUCAAUCCAAUGAUUUAAACUGGGAUAAGAUAAAGACGGUGUUUGCCAGACAGCCGAAGAAACCAGCCCGUCCUCCAUUGAUGAAGAAUUUAUUCACCGCAAAAUUCGACUCCGAACUAAUUGCAUUCCCGGAAGUUGUUAACCGUGAAGAUAUGGCUGAGCUGCACAAAACGGUCGAUCAGUCGAAGGAAUUUUUUCGUACAGUCAACUCGUCAGAAAUCAAUAAAUUGGGAAUGAUUCCAUCGGAAGUGGUAGAUGGUCUAAGAAAUCUAGAUGCAUUUGGAACGGAUGUUCCGCGCGACCGAGGUGGACAAGAUUACUUUGUCACCGAAAGUUGUUUGAGAAAUGAAUCGGAAGCGGUCGACGUAAAUGUGAUUCGCACGUUAAAUGCUCAUCGAUUGGUUACACAAAUUUUGACUGAAUGCGGUACAGAAGUGCAGAAGGCAAAAUUUCUUCCGCUAUUAGCUAAAGGUGACAUAUUUGGAACGGUUGCAAUCAUUGAGACGGAUUUGCCUGCAAAUGGAUUCUUAAACACUACCGCAGUGACAUCACUCAGAGGUGGUGAAUGGACUUUGAAUGGCAAAAAAUCGUUUGUGAUCAACGGAAAGAGUGCGGACCUGUUUCUGGUGCUGGCUGGUACAAAAAUCUUAGAUAAAGUUGGCGACAAGAUUGAUUCGAUUACAGCAUUUUUGAUCGAAAAUGACUUGACUGGUGUCGAAGUGAAGGAGUCGGAAAGAACAUUAGGAUGCAACGGAGUUCAACAUUGCGAUGUUACAUUCAACAAUGUUGAAUUGGAUGAAGGACAUGUCAUUGGCACAUUCGAAACUGGAUCCGCUGUGGCGCAAAAAUUAUUGAUCAAAUCACGGCUACAAGCUGGCAUUGUAAGCGUCGUUAUGAUGAAAAAGAUUAUAAAUCUUCUGACAAAGUAUUGCAUCGACACUUCCCAAAAUGGCGUCAAACUGAUGGAAUUGGACCUCUUCAAGAAUUAUAUAUCGAAAGCAGUCUGUGACGCCUAUGCAUUGGAGAGUAUGAUUUAUUUAACAGCCGGUAUAAUCGAUGGAUACGAGAAUGCAGAUGUUGACAUGGAAUCAGCAAUCAUUAAGGUUUUUGCCCAUCAGAGUCUGCUGAAAAUCGCGUUAUUGCCAUUGAAUUCUCUGGGUCCAAAGCUUACGGUCGAAGGAGAACCCCUAGCCGAACUCAUCAAAGAUACACUUCAUUUGUACACACACGGAGAGCCAAUUGAUCAGCUAGUUCAGUACAUUGGACUAACUGGUUUACAACACGCUGGGGUUGAAAUGGCUGGUGAUGUGAAGAAGGUUCGGAAUCCGUUGUUCAAUCCCUCCUUUAUAUUCAAGCGCAUAUUGGAGACCAAAAGCAUCGAAAAUCUCAAACAGUCGCUGCACAUAAAUCAUUAUUUACAUCCGUCACUCGAUCCAGCUGCCCAAUGGCUGGAAUUUUCGAUUUUACGUUUGCAAAUCGGAACCGAACUUCUGCUAGCUCGUCACGGUGUCCAGAUACUGGAUAAACAGAUUGAAGUUCGCCGUCUGUCCGAUUGUGCAAUACAAACGUACGCAAUGUUUGCCAGCGUAUCCAGAGCGUCACGUUCAUAUUGCAUUGGCUUACAGUUUUGUGAUUAUGAGAUGUUGAUAGCUAGUGCAUUUUCGUUCGAUGGCAUGGUACAGGUGCGACAAUUGGUGCGCGAUAUCAGUGAAGGACCGUAUUUGACCAACGACAUGAAUCAUGUCAAAAUAUCGAAACAAAUAUUCAAAGAGAAGGGCUACUUUCCCAUACAUCCAUUGACUAGGAAUUUCUAAUUUUCUUUUUAGUUUAUCUUUUGUAAAAAGUCGUGAGCAGAGUGGUUUCGUUGUCAAAUAUAUAGAGAAAAGAUGAAAA